CGGUGGGUGUGGGGUGGGCAGCAGCUUUUCCCCCCUUUUUGCUGCUCAAAGAGGCAGGGAUGGGGUGCUGCCCCUUGAGGACGAGGCCACAAUGUACCAUCACUGCAGCCAUACCCUGGGGACGAGGUACUGGUGAACAUGGAUGCUCCCCAUGGGGACAGCACGUCCUCCUGCAGAGGGGACAGUCCCCAGCUUACAGCUUUUCCUGGGUCGCAGCCCCUACAUUUCAGGCAUGAAGGUGGUGGAACAAAGCAGCUCUUAUACCUGGGAAUGAGGAAGAGCCACAGCCCCAUCCUCACCCUCAGGCCUUGGACCCUGCAGGGUGGGCGGCAGGGAAGGGGUUAUCACAGCAGCCCCACGCAGCUCCAUGUCCCCUCCCCAUACCCUGCCUCCUCCCAGCCCCUCUGGCACUCGAGGUCGUGGCCGGAUCCCUGCCAGCCCUUGGGGGAUCAGCUUGGAAGGGAGGCGCUUUUACUGGGUCCUUGUCCCAUUGUGCCCAUGGGGGCCAUCCCCACACCAUCACCAGGUAACAUGGAGAUGUGGGCACCGGAGCCCCUCACCUUCAGCCUUUGGGAUUACGGCGUCUUUGGGUUGAUGCUGCUCAUCUCCACGGCCAUCGGGCUGUUCCAUGGGCUGUCCAAAGGUGGCCAGAAAACCUCGGAGGACUUCUUUAUGGGCGGCCGGCGUAUGGCAGCGAUACCAGUGGGGCUCUCAUUAUCAGCCAGCUUCAUGUCAGCCAUCCAGGUGCUGGGGGUGCCAGCAGAGGCGUAUCGCUACGGCUCCAAGUUCCUCUGGAUGUGCCUGGGGCAGCUGCUCAACACUCUGCUCACUGCAUUCAUCUUCUUACCCGUCUUCUAUCGCCUGGGGCUCACCAGCACCUACGAGUACUUGGAGAGGAGGUUCGGACGGAGUGUGAGGCUCUGUGGGACCCUGCAGUAUGUGAUGGCUACGACGCUGUACACAGGGAUCGUCAUCUAUGCCCCUGCCCUGAUCCUCAAUCAAGUGACUGGUUUGGACAUCUGGGCAUCCCUGCUGUCCACUGGAUUCAUCUGCACCUUUUACACCACCAUAGGAGGGAUGAAGGCUGUCAUCUGGACCGACGUCUUCCAGGUCUUUGUUAUGCUCUCUGGGUUCCUUGCUGUCAUCAUCCGGGGGCUGCUGUUGGUGGGGGGCCCCUCCAAGGCACUGGCCAUUGCCACCAAUGGCUCCAGGGUGAACUUUGGAGACUUUGCCCUCGACCCACGGAGCCGUUACACCUUCUGGACCUUCCUGCUGGGCGGCACGUUGGUCUGGCUUUCCAUGUACGGCGUGAACCAGGCUCAGGUCCAGCGCUACGUGGCCUGCAAGAGCGAGAGGGAGGCGAGGAUAGCGCUGCUGGUCAAUCAAGUGGGGCUCUUCUGCAUCGUCUCCAGCGCGGUGGCCUGUGGCCUUGUGAUGUUUGUGCUCUAUAAGGACUGUGACCCCCUCCUUGCUGGCCACAUCUCAGCCCCUGACCAGUACAUGCCCUACCUGGUCCUCGACAUCUUCCAGACAUCCCCUGGGGUACCCGGACUGUUCUUGGCCUGUGCCUAUAGCGGGACCCUGAGCACUGCCUCCACCAGCAUCAACGCCAUGGCAGCCGUCACCGUGGAGGACCUGGUGAAGCCCAGGAUGCCCACAUUGCCACCACGGAGGCUGAUGUUGAUCUCCAAAGGGUUGUCACUGUUCUAUGGCACUGCCUGCAUCACGGUGGCUGCUCUGGCUUCGCUGCUGGGUGGUGGCGUGCUGCAGGGCUCCUUCACCGUCAUGGGGGUGAUCGGCGGCCCAUUGCUUGGAGCCUUCGUACUGGGCAUGUUUGUACCGGUGUGCAACACAGCUGUGAGUGCUGGGAGGGCAGGGGGUGUGGGGCUGGGGGUCCCAGCACCAUGCAGACCCCCAUUGCUCGCCCAGGGUGUGUUCGGGGGUCUGGGUGUCGGCCUCAUGCUCUCGCUAUGGGUGGCAGUGGGUGGCAGCCUCUAUCCAGCCCCUGCUGAUGUUGCUGGUGUCCUGCCUGCAUCCGGAGCCCACUGCCCGCUCUACAACCACACUGCCAGCCCCAACCACACAGUGAUGAUGGGACCACUGCCCCCACAGCACCACAGCCCAGAGCCUGCACGGCCUCCCAUCGUGGGUGACUUCUAUGCCAUCUCCUAUCUAUACUAUGGGGCACUGGGGACACUAUCCACUGUGCUGGCAGGGGUGCUGCUCAGCUACAUUGCAGGGCCAAGCAAUAGGGCCCAGCUGCCCCCAGGAGUGCUGUGGUGGGACAUCACCAAGCAGACCCCCCCUGUGUGCUCAGCUGGAUGCACGGCGCCUUUAGGGGGGGGCCCCAUCAAGGUCUAUAAUGACCCUCAGGGGGGGUCUCACCCUGAAGCCCCCCCGGUGCUAUUGGCACGACCCCCCACCCCCCAGCACAGGGGGGUCAAUGAGCAGCUGCUGCAAGAAAGCCAUGUGUAGGGAUGGGGGGGGCAAAGGGGGACAUGGGGGGGGGGCACAGACACUGAUGUGAACCCCCU